AUGUUGAUCACCUAUGGGUUACAGUACUAUGAUAAGAACACCUUGUCCACGGCGAUUUUAUAUGGGAUGUUGGACGAUUUGGACUUGACUGAAACUAAAAAUGGGGUUACAUACCUUACGAGAUACAGUACUGCAGCAGCUGCAUUCUAUUACGGAUACAUCGUAGCUGUGCUAUCCAUGGGAUUGAUUUUCACUCGAUUCCCCCUAGCCAAAACAGCCUUUUUCUUCGUUUUGAUCUGGGGUAUAAUCUGUAUUCUCACCGUGGUAGUCCACUCAUACCGCGGAUUCGUAGUCCAACGUGUUUUUCUGGGUCUGGCAGAAAGUACUGUCAGUCCUGCGUUCGUGGCUAUCACUGCUUUAUGGUGGAAACCUCAAGAACAAGCUAAGAGAUUAGGUAUCUACUAUUCGUCUACUGGGAUAUUCUCAAUGUUCACUGCUAUAGUUAAUAUCGGAUGGGGUAAAACCGGCGGUUCUCAUCCUUGGAAAUCAAUGUAUUAUUUCGGCGGAUCAUUCACGAUCUUUUGGGCUAUACUCAUAUACUUCAUCAUGCCUGAUUCUCCCCUUCGACCAGGUAGAUUUUUCACCGAGAGGGAAAAAGCAAUACUCAAACGGAGAUUCGAUGAAAAAUCCCUAUGGACAAUCUUAACAGCCUAUCAAAGUCUAUCAACUCAUCGAAGCGUUUUCGGAGCGAAGAUCAUUAAUUCCUGGGGGUACGAUUCGAUCAGGUCUACGGCUUUGAUGAUUCCCGGGGGAGCUAUGACGGUGGUUACGAUUUGGAUAUUCGCCUAUUUUGCGGAUAGGUAUAAGAAUAUCAGAACUAUUCUCCUUUCUAUAAGUACUAUACCAGUCAUAGUCGGAUGUCUAGUCGUCUGGCAGGCACCCUGGCAUCCCCGUGUAGGCCCACUGAUAGGAUACUACCUCGUAGCUGCCUUUGGUGCUCCAUACGUGCUGCUUCUGUCCCUCGCCACUGCCAACACGGCAGGAGCAACCAAGAAAGGAAUUACGACCUCGGCAAUUUUCGUAGGAUACGUGACUGGUAAUAUCAUCUCGUCCUCCCUGGUAUUCACUCAAGAAAAACCAAUCAAAUAUCGUUCUACCUGGAUAUCAGUCAUAGUAGCUAUGGUAUUCGCAUCUUGCGCUUCUCUCUUAUUGAGAUAUAUCUAUAUUAAAGAGAAUAAACGGAGAGAUGCCCUAUUGGACUCAUCACCUUCAUCCUCGUCGAGGUGUGAUGAACCACAAUCCUCUCAGAACGACGCAAAUGAUCGAGAGAAAUUCGAAGGAACAGCAAUAGAUGGUGUACCUGGAUUAGGAGAUGGUAUGGUGUAUGAGGAUAAGACUGAUAAAGAGAGAAUGGAGUUUAGAUAUACGUAUUAG